UGACCAAAGAAAGGAUUCCUUUCUGUUUUUAUAUAAGCAGAUAGCUACCCAGAUUCUGAUAUGCUGUUUUCUAUAUAAAGCAUAAGAAAAGCUCAUUCAUUUCCAUUUCCAUUUCCAUUUUCAUUUCCAUCGUCUGUAUUAUAUAUAUAGCAACUAGCAAUUAGCAGGUACGUAGGUGAUGAGCAACAAGCUGAUGAUCAGUAUGGUGGAGGCUACGCUUCCCCCAGGUUUCAGGUUCCACCCUAGAGAUGAAGAGCUUAUAUCUGAUUACCUUUCCAAUAAGGUGUCUGAUUCUGAUUCUGAUUCCAAUCAUCAUCGUCGUCAUGCUCUUCUUCCUCUCCUCCUUCAAGUUGAUCUCAAUCACUGUGAACCAUGGGACCUUCCUGAAAUGGCAUGCGUGGGAGGCAAGGAAUGGUACUUCUAUAGCCAACGAGACCGAAAAUAUGCAACUGGACUACGAACAAACAGGGCGACUGUGUCGGGGUAUUGGAAGGCAACCGGAAAAGAUCGGUGCAUCCUUGGCAAGCGCACCCAACAGGUUGUUGGCAUGAGAAAGACUCUGGUUUUCUACCUGGGAAGGGCACCCAAAGGAAAGAAAACCGAUUGGGUCAUGCAUGAAUUCAGGCUCCAACAAGAUCAUCAUCAUUCUUCUAAUUCUCUUAAGGAAGACUGGGUGUUAUGUAGAGUGUUUUGCAAGAAUAGAGAAUUAGUUGGUGGAAAACAAAUCAAUAAGUGCCACAGCAACGUUGAUCAUGAAGAUAGUACACUAAGCUGCUCUUCAUCUCUCCCACCAUUAAUGGAACCUCCUAAUUACAGCUUCUCUUUUGACCAAAGUCAACCAGCCAUGCCCAUCCCCACAAGUAAUAUUAUUGAUAUCUUUAACCAGCAAGUGCCCUGCUUCUCCAUCAAUACCCCCCCAGAUAUCGAUAUCAUAUUCUCCAACACCAUACCACCACCAGCUGCUGCUGAUGCACCACCUGCAAACUCCAUCCCUGUUCCUAAUCCUUCGUCCUCAUCAAUAUCCCAAUCACUUGAUCACUAUUCAUGUUGUGAUCAGGAUUCAAAGAAGGAAGUGUUUAAAGCCAUUUUGAGUCGAUUUCAUGAGAUGGAUCAUGAAUCUAGUACCACUAGUUUAAGCUUUGGCGAAGGGAUUUCCGAUCAAAGCUUCUUGUCGGAUGCAGCUUUGCCUGUUACCAUGUGGUACCCUUGAUUGAUUAUAUACUGUAUCAUCAUAUCCUUGUUAUUGUGUACAUAUCUAGCCAUGUAUAUAUCAUUUGAUCUCUAUCAGA